CCCUGUUUGAACUUAAAUGCCACAGCUAUGACUACGAACAGUUCUGGCCCUGGUGCACCUGACUCUGGCAUCCCCAUGAGACCACGUUUCUCCAAGAGCCUCCAGCGACAUUGGCUACAGCCUCUUCGGGAACCUGCUUCUCUCCUUCUGCUGGCAAACUGCUGUGGAUUUCUCUGUGCCGCUGCCAGUGCUUUAAAUAUUUGAACUGGACAAUGAAGUCAUGAUUCAGUGGCUGACAAAUACCGGCCGAACUGGCUGCCUCCCAGGCAGGAAGAGUUAGAUCAUGUAAUGUCUUAAAGACACAGCUCCUCCGUGUCCAAAGAAAACCUGCGCAAAGAACUGGCUCCUUCCCGUAGGGGCCCAUUACUGAGGACCCGGCCUCGUGGCAGGCUCCCAGCGCAAACCAACGCCUGACUUAGCUUUCCGUGAACCCAGGGACACGCCUGGGACCGAGAUUCCAUGGAACUGUUUAGUCUGGGUUUCCUUUCAAGUGGACAAUGCCAGUUUGGGAUCUGCACAGCCCUGCCGGGUUCAAGUCCUCGUGCCAGGCAGGGCCCAGCUGCGGGAUGGCUGAGCAGAGCAACAUCCAGUCCGCGGCAUCCAAGAGCAUCCGGCCCUUCCGGUCCAGCGAGGAGUACCUCUAUGCCAUGGAGGAGGACCUGGCUGAAUGGCUCCACGCGGAGAAUUUCAUGGAGCUCCUGGAGACCGGGUGUGUCCUCUGCCAACAUGCCAACAACGUCACCCGCACCGCCCUGGCCUUCCAGCAGCAGCACCCACAAGCGGCCGCCCGCAGGCGGGGGCCCCGGGCCGAGGUUGUCUACCAGGCCAAAGGCGCGGUGCCCGGCUCCUUCGUGGCCAGGGUCAACGUCUCCAAUUUCAUCCAGUGGUGCCGGCAGGACCUGGGCAUCCCGGACGUGCUGAUGUUCGAGACCAACGACCUGGUGCUGAAGAAGAAUGAGAAGAACUUCGUGCUGUGCCUGCUGGAGGUGGCCAGGAGGGGCUCCAAGCUGGGGAUGCUGGCCCCCACGCUGAUCCAGAUGGAGGAGGAGAUAGAGGAGGAGAUGUGGGACCAGAGAGCCUGCGGGGGGCUGGAGACCCAGCAGGGCAGCCAGGCCCUGGGCCGCGCAGCCCCUGUGUGCCCGAGCAGGGCGCAGAGACGCUCCUUGUGCGACCUCAGGAACCUGGAUGAGCUGGUGCGAGAGGUUCUGGGCUGCUGUACCUGCCCCUCUCAGUUUCCCAUGAUCAAAAUCUCAGAGGGUAAAUAUAAAGUGGGAGACUCCAACGCGCUGAUCUUUGUUCGAGUAAGACCCUCCGCAGCCGUGUUUCCUUUCUGUCCUGCUCCCUUCUCUGCCAUGCGGUACCCGAGCUGGUCCCCCUCCUUGGGCACUGCUACGGUCAGCUGUGGGCAUGCCGGCUUCUCCCUCCCUGACGGGACGCGGGGAGCCAGGACGUCCUGGCUUCACUGGGUGACCUUAUGGCAAACUGCCACACCUCGGAGCCCAACAGUGGGGACGGGCGGAGGUGCUG